UGCAACAAAAAAAUCACAUCUGUACUCUCUUCUUGUUUUUGUAGAGAACGUAUUUAACUCUCUGAAAAGCGUCAAUAUUGAGUGGGAGAGCAGAAGAUUUCGGCUUCUGGAGCAAAACUGCCAAGAAAACACUGCGGAAACCUGGGCAGAUUCCUGCUGAAUGGCGCUCACAGUAGCAGGACCCCAGGAAGUCCUCAUCCAGGCUCUCUUUUAGAUUAAGUAACCUUUGAGGAAAUGUUGGAUUCGGUCAAAUGUGUCCUGGUAGGGGAUGCGGCAGUCGGGAAAACGGCUCUGCUGCUGCGCUUUACUUCGGAGACUUUCCCGGACGCUUACAGACCCACCGUUUAUGAGAACACCGGGGUCGACGUCUUCCUGGAUGGCGCCCAGAUCAGCUUAGGCCUUUGGGACACGUCCGGCAGUGAUGCCUUCAAAGGCAUCCGCCCCCUUUCCUACCAGCAGGCUGACGUGAUUCUCCUGUGCUACUCGGUGGCCAACCAGAACUCGUUCCUCAGCUUGAGGAGCAAAUGGGUUACGGAGAUCCGGACGCACUUGCCUCGUAUUCCCAUUUUGGUGGUGGCUACCCAGAUUGACCAGAGGGAGACGGGACCUCACAGCGCCUCCUGCAUCAGCCCGUUGCUCGGGAAGCGGCUGGCGAGGGACAUCCGAGCAAAGGCCUUUGUGGAAUGCUCAUCUCUUGCCAACAGGGGCGUCCAGAAGGUGUUUGAGUGUGCCGUCCGGACAGCGGUGAACCAAGCAAGGAAACGAGCCCGGAGGAAACUUUUCUCAGUCAACGAGUGCAAGGUCUUUUAAACUCUGACUUGGCCUUUUCCGCCUCUCUCACAAAACAGACUCCCUUUUGUGCGGCAGAAGGGCACUGAUGCGAAGGCUGACAAACAGGAGCACACUGUGUUAGCAUUCGUGGUGGGCUGUGACCAGCAUGGUGGGAACUUCGUUUGCGAAGAACAAAAUUGGACUGCCCUUCCCCAUAAGGAUGCGAUGGUCCCAUUUGGCUCCCAGUGGCAUCGACGGAACAAAAGCUGAACUGGAGACUUUUGAACAGGAGCACGUUGUUAGCACUGUGGGGGAUUUUGGAAUGUAUUUAUUCCGCGGCGGUGGAAAUCUUGCUUCUCAGUGAAGCAUCAUGGAUUGGAGAAAUCUGAUGGAGACUUGCGCAGGUUUUCUUCCAGGGCCAUGGCUUUCAUCAAAGUACAACCAGGGUUUUAGUUUGAUACUGGUGCUGGAGAUUAGGCUCCUGAAACUACCAACCAACCCACCUCACACAUGACAGCCCCCAGGGUUACCUGGGGAGUUGGCGGGGGGAGGGGUCAGUGACGUAGCUACACUGUUUGAUUUUGUUUAACUUGGUUUAAUUUAUAACUUGAAUUUGGUGUCAGACCGAUGUCUGCGGAAGCAAAUUCCUAGUGUGAAGAAAAUCGGACAAAACUAUUCUGUCUACUGAAGUGUGGAGGGUUAAUUCUGAUCAUUCUGACGCAGCUGAAGAUCAGUGGUGGCGAGACAUGCUUUUAAUAGCUAUGUGGCAGAAAGUAAUAAGUCCUGCAAGCAUAAAUUACUGUCUUGGUGGUAUUGUGAUGAGACAAGCUACGCUUACUUGCUUCUUCAUACCAGUUCAAGGCAGAGAUUCUCCCUUUAAGAAGUACGCAGCUCUUCUGUCUGCCCUGGGAUAUGAGCACAAAGGAAUUAGUGAGGUGACCAUUUAUUUUAUUUUUUCUGGUAGGCUUCCUGUGUGUGCCACAGGUUUCUGCUGGGCAGAAAUUCAACAGGAUCAAAGCGUUCCUCACCCCUGGAACCCCAUUCCUGACAAAGCUCCACCUGUAGAAAUUCUGCCUGCAUAUCAUUGGUAAAGGCCAGAAGAAAGAAAAAAAAAGAGAGCAACCUUUACAAAAUAUAUGGUUUUGUUCGAGGGUCCAAAAGCCGGGUUGAAAAUGUAACUGACCAUUUAUAUAUGAGACCUAAAUAUGUGAAUCUAAAGCUAAGAAGUGUGUAAUACAUAUUUUUAAGUUCCCAGGAUAAAUUUAACGCCCUUUAACAGAAACUAAAUGGGAAUGUCAGUAGCUUUCCUGCAGGGAAGUCACAGAAAACAAUCCAUGAAGUUUAUUAGUUGGGACUGUUAACAGCUUGAACUGUUGACUGUUUAGAUCUUGCCAUUAACCUGACUAGAUACAAGGAUGUAAUCUGGUAGCAGUUUUGUUAGAGAAUGAGGGUGGGUUUGCCUCCAACACUCACCUGUUCCCUGCAAUCUACACACAUUCUAAGAAGAUAAUUAUCUUGUUAGGUGGGUCUUACCAGGGUUUAUCCUUCUGGCCCAAUUAUCCUGUAUCCAAAAAUGGCCAGUCUCACACCUUUGAAAGCUCUCAUGCCAGACAUGAACAGUUCUCCCCUCUUGUCUCCACCUCCUGUUACUCGCAAGUAGACUGUCUCUGCACAUGGCAACUUAGAUAUCAUGAUUUGCAACCUUCAUGGAUCCUUCAAGCUACUUGUCAUCGCCACUUAUGGUGUGGGGUCCCUGAGCUAAUUAUCCAUUGUAAACUAUUUUUAAAACUAUAUCCUGGAAUUAUUAUUUUUUUAAAAAUAUUAAAACGCUGUCUAGAAUUCCCCACUUGGCCUUGCCAAUCCACGCACCGCAGAUGACUGCAAGUGCAGAACUUCUGCCAACUUUUUAAGCAGCUCCUGCUCCUGUGCCUUUGACAACAGGCUGCUGUGCAGACGUCACUUAUUCUUGUGCCAAAAAGGGCUUCUCCUCCUGAUUUUUUCAGAACAAGCUUCAGGGAAAGGCACAGGUUCAGACCAAGACAUAUUUUUCCCUGUUCAUUUGGCAGUUCUGUCUACACAUGUAGUGUCAUAGCGCAGAAUAUAUUCUGAGAUUCCCUGCAUAUUUGAAUCAGCAUCACAAAUGACAGACUGAGAAUACAGGAAGUUGUUAUCGAAACAUGUGGCCGGCACAUCCUGAGAACCCCUUCAGUGCUUUAUCAUGAACUGUGCUUUGCCGUGUCAGUUCAACUACCAGUGAUUACACCGAUGAGAUAAUCCAUAUUUAAUUUUCGAGAACAUCUUUGCUUGCUGUGACACCCAAGGGUGAGUGGGCAGAAUGGAAACUGCUUCCCAUUUUGAGGUCUGCCAAGACCGUGCUUAAAUUAGACACCUAGGUGGAAGGAGGUGCUCAUAAAUGCUCUUUCCUGUAAAAACAGGAAGCUUUUAGGGCACAUAAAGUAGUCCUAAUGAUUUAAACGGAACAGGUGAGAUACGAAUUACAGCCUUCUGUUUCUGAUGUUAAAUGUCCAUUUUAGAUGAGCACUAAAAUAGCAUAUGCACCAUUUCCUCAUGUAUAUGUUUCUGAACUCUAGUUUUCUUGAAAUAAAAAUCAUAUAAAGUCAUUUGUGGCAAACAGCGUCUUUUCGUCCCUUAAGGAGGGUCGUUUGGGAUGACGAAAUGGCAAGGCAAAAAGUGGUCUGCUUUGUUCCCGGUCCAUAGCUUCUGGCUGAAAUCCGCUUUUAAGUUCUUACACCACAAAUGUCCGGGGUUCU